CUCGCUGGGCUCCGCAUGCAGUUUCUCCUUUCAAACGCCAGGUGGAGUGGUUGGCCGGAUGCCGCAACAGAGCUGGCAGGCGGCGCUGUGGCACCUGGGCCGACCCUCAACGUUGCAAUCACUCUAUCCUUGGUGGAGCGACUCGUUAGUCCGGGUCGCACAUGCGCCGAGGCUUCCUUUCGCUAUCCCCGCCCCCUCCCCGCCCCUCUCUGUCUUCUCUGCCCUGGGAGCAGCUUUCCUGCCACAGUCCCUCAUCCCCUGAAAAUGUAUGCUUGUGCCAGGUUUGUCUCCACUCCCGCCUUGAUCAGGAGAAGCUCUCCACUGUUGAGCCGAUCACUGUCUGCAGUGGUGCUGAAACGACCAGAGGCAUUAACAGAUGAGAGUCACAGCAGCUUGGCAGCCCCACGUCUCCUGACCACCUCACUUAUUCCUAGCCACAGCUUCCAAACCAGUGCCAUUUCAAGAGACAUUGACACAGCAGCCAAGUUCAUUGGAGCUGGGGCUGCCACAGUAGGAGUGGCUGGCUCUGGGGCUGGAAUUGGGACUGUGUUUGGGAGCCUCAUCAUUGGUUAUGCCAGGAACCCUUCUCUGAAGCAACAGCUCUUCUCCUACGCCAUUCUGGGCUUUGCCCUCUCGGAGGCCAUGGGGCUCUUUUGCCUGAUGGUGGCCUUUCUCAUCCUCUUCGCCAUGUGAAGGAGCCGUGUCCACCUCCCGUAGUUCUUUCUCCUGGGUCUCAUCUGCCCCGUGUAUUCCUUUUCUUGUACCUCCCCAGGCAGGCUGGGGAAAGUGGUUGGCUCAGGGUUGGCUCAGGGUUGACAGAGGGAAGACAAAUAAAUACUGUAUUAAUAAGA